UUUGUACUGGAUUUUUAGUUUCAAUGUCUAUUACAGCUCUAGUUUUUAUAAUCAUUAAUGGCCUUACUGGGUUUUCUUCCUCAGAAAACACUAAUCCUCAUUCCUCAUCCAUGUUUGUUGAAUCUAAGCAAACCAACAUCAACAAGAACAACCCUUUAACAUUGCGCUCUCGAUCUAUUUUUGUGAUGGGAGAUUCUUCGGUUGAUUGUGGGGAUAAUACUCUGUUUUACCCUGUUCUUCGCCAUAAUCUUUCCUUAUUUCCUUGUUCAAAUGGCUCUAAAUCCACUCUUAUACAUCAUUUUCUAGCUAAGAAGAUGAAUUUGCCUGCAAUACCUACAUUGCACGACCAAAAUGGCACAAUUGAGGGCAUACUAAACGGAAUCAACUAUGGGUCAGCUCAAGCCACAAUCCUAGCCCGAUCAAACGGCCCGACUUUCCAGUCCCUCAACCAGCAAUUAAGGCAAGCAUUUGAGACUAUCCAACUCUUACAGUUACAACUUGGUCAAGUAGAAACCCAAAACUUUCUCAGCUCAUCUGUUUUCUACAUGUCCUUGGGUAAAGAUGACUACAUCAACUUCCUCUUUGAAAAUGCAUCUCUCCCCUCAAACUACAACGGUAACAUUCAGAUGAUUCCAAGGAUGUUGGUGGACGAGAUGACGAAUGCCUUAAGAGAUCUCUAUGAUGGAGGUGUAAGGAAGGUUGUUGUAAUGGGAGUUUAUCCUCUUGGUUGUGCUCCAAGAUCUGUUGUAAACUGGUAUUUUCUUACUGGAAGGAACAGAAGAAGAAGCAGGGGCUGUGUUAAUGAGAUCAAUCAGCUGAUUACACAGCAUAAUCAGCUUUUAAAUGAUCGGAUAAUUGAUCUUAAUUUGCAGCUUAAUGAUGCUCAGUUUGUAUUCUGUGAUGCCUUCCAAGGUUACAUGCAGAUCAUGUCCAAUCCUCAUACAUACGGAAUUGAAGAAGUGAAAGGAGCAUGCUGUGGAAGAGGGUGGCAUGGAGCAGCAGAAGGGUGUCAUAAAAUGAAGAAUGCUUGCAACCAAACAUCAACUCAUCUUUGGUGGGACUUCUACAACCCAACUCAUGCUGUCAAUUCUCUGUUGGCUGACUCGGCCUGGUCUGGCCAGCCAUUAGGCGACAUUUGUCAUCCUUUGAGCAUUCAAGGCUUGGUAGAGUAUCGGAUUUAGAAGUCUGAUUAAAUUUUGUUCUAGCAAUUUAGUUCCUAUAAUGAAAAUCAGAUACAGAUCUCAGUUGUAGUGUAUCGCAGU